CAAAUAUUUAUACACAUAUUCAUAUAUAACAUGUCAAAUUCAGAAUUAUUAGAUUUAAAAGACAAAAAGAAAACAGUUGAAAAUUUGAUUAGUCAUAAAUCAAUUGAAAAAGAGAACAAGGACAUAUUUCCUAUGCCAACCUUAUCAAAUAAAAACACACCGGGACAAAGUGACAUUUUAUCGAGAGUUCGAGCCUUUUUACCGCAAUUAAAGGCGGCUAAUGAAGAACUAGAUAAAGUUGAACCUUCUAAACGAGAUAUUGAAAAUGUUGAUGAAGAGAAUGAACAAUAUAUUGAAAUGAAUCUCGGAUUAGGUGUUUAUGAUUUAAAGAAACCCGGACAAGAUUCUGACACUUGUAGUAGUAGUGACAGCGAAGAUGAAAAAAUAAUUAUACCUGGGAAAUUAACAGAUAAAUCAUCAAAAAAGCCAAUAAUUGAAAUAUUAGAAGAGAAGCGUGAGAAAAAAUAAAAGACUACUUUUUUCUUAAAUUAUUAUUAUUAUUAUUAUGCUUUGUUCAAAAAAAGGGUUUUUACUUUUUUCUUCUUUAUUAAAACCAAAAUUGACUAUGUCUGUAUCAACACU